GUUCAUUCUCUCGUGUUCCCGGGGAACCGUAUAUAAUGAGCGUGAAGUUGGCACGCUCAUCAUGGAGAUACCAGGUGGGGCGUUUCCACAAUUUCAGGUGCUUGGAGGACUGUCCAAUUGCCCCUUCUUAGGAAUCAAACAGGCAGAUGAAUCUCCGUGACACAGGGAUGGGGUGACAUGCGGACUGGUGGUCCAGUUGGAAAGAAAAACUCUGAUAAUACUAAUGUAAGAAGAAAACAAAUCAGACUGCUUGAAAAGGCCUGCAAAUCAAUAGCCUCAAUGGGCUCCUGGAGGCGUGGGCUCUACGUGAGCACAGGAGCAAAGCUGCGGCCCGCCGGACAGCAGGAGAGCAGCGUGCUCAGCCGCUGGGCCCCGCCUGUUUGUGCACUGUGACCUCGAGCAAACCACCUGCCUUCUCUGUGCCCCACUUCACCAUCCCGAAGCCUUAAGUUGUGCCGACCUCUCCUCACUGGGAUAACACAGGUGAACACGUAACCGUGCCUGAUACGUGAAGAACAUGCAGCCAGCUUUAGUAAUGGUUGGUGUGGGAGUUUUCAAAGCUCAUGGUCAGUAGCGGGUAAGGUAACUGAUUCAUUCAGCAUCUAUUGAUUGACGCCUAUUCAUUGCCAGGCAUGUUCUGCCACCAGCACCCAGAGCAUGUCCCUGGGCUUGUGCAGCUAACACUCCUGAUGUCUGUGCGCCUUGACGACCCACCGGCUGUACUCCACUUCCAGGGCCCGCGGAGGCCCUGUGUCCGGGUCUGAAGCCAGGGAGUGUAGGAAGAAGGGAAGGCUCCUCAGCAGAAAAUAGACUUUGACAAAAUUUCAAGACAAGAGAAAAUGACCCGCUAUGAAGUAACCAGGCCAUCCCAGACCCUCUCCAGGUGAAUGCAGGACCCUAUUCUGACUGCCAGCAUGGGAGGUGCAGGCCCGAGCAGACGCGUCUCUGCAGAGGCCCCUUGUAUGGGGAGAAGAGGAGGGCUUCCCCACGAAACGUAUUAGAACCAGCAAAGUUCUUGCCUCAAUCCUAAUUCUGAUUGUAUAAAGUCUUGGUGUAAUUAACAUGUCAAGUUCCUUCUGCAACAGCCGUGCCCGCUCAGCCAGACGUUCUCAGGACACUAUCGCUUCGUUUGGCCCCAGAUGAUGUGAAGUGAAACACAAUUUCCCCUUUUUCAGGGCAAAACAAAACUGCAAGGGUUUUUUCCCCUGCCCCUCCCCCACCCCCUUACCCCAAACAGACUUUAGUUUACUCCUGACUUUGUUCUGACAGCGGUUCAGGAUUUCUCUUUCUGGGGAAGCGCAGAGCUUGCGCGCUUCUGCUGAGGGAGGGACGCGCCCGAGGGCCCGGCUGUGCCUCCGCCGCUGCGGAGUCGGCGGUGGCGGCAGGACCGCAGCGACAUGCCUCCUCCUAACUGCUCGGUGCACAGCGGCCCGCUGGAGUGCGGGCUCGGCCUCCUGGGCAAUGCCGUUGCGCUCUGGACGUUUUUCUUCUGUCUGAAGGUGUGGAAGCCCUAAGUCUACCUGCUCAACCUGGUGGUCGCGGACCUGCUGCUGACCUUCUGCCUGCCCCUCCACGCCACCUUCUACCAGAGGCACCGGACGUGGAGCUUCAGGCGCGCGUCUUGCCAGACGCUGCUGUUCCUGCGGGCGCUCAGCCUCAGUGUGGGCAUUACCUUCCUCACUACGGUGACCUUGGACCAGUACUUCCGGGUGGUCCACCCGAGGCUCAAGGUCAACCUUCUGUCCCUUUGGGCAGCCCAGGGGAUCUCAGUCCUUGUCUGGCUUCUGAUGAUCUGCCUCAACCACCAGAGCUUGUUCGUGCCUGAGGCUGGGUGCCCCAGUCUGGAGCCCAGAGGAGAACUCUCCUUCAGCAUGACUUGGCAGGAAACUCUCUUCUUCCUCCAAUUCGUGUUUCCCUUCGGCCUCAUCUUGUUCUGCAAUGCCAGGAUCAUCAGGACCCUGCAGAGGAGGCUCCGAGACCCGGAUAAACAGCCCAAGCUGCAGAGGGCACAGGCGCUGGUGGCCACCGUGGUGGUGCUGUUUGCACUGUGCUUUCUGCCCAGCUUCCUGGCCCAGGUCUUUGUGGCCACCUUCCAAGGGGUGGGCAGCUGCCAGGUGCUGGGCACAAUGGUGCACACAUCCGACCUGGCCGGCAGCCUGGCCUCCCUGCAGAGCGUGCUGAACCCAGUGGUGUACUGCUUCUCCAACCCCGCGUUCAGGCACUCCUACCGCAAAGUCUUCAACACCCUCAGAGGCCGGGGGAGGGAAGCAGAGGCACCCGGCUGUGACCCCAAAGACUCCUACUCCUGAGGCCAACUGGCUUCCUCCACCAUUUUCAGGAGCCACCUGGGAUCUGGGCAACAAGGACCAUUCAUUAGGAUUCUGCAGGACGUGGAAGUCUCGAGGCUGCCCUGCAAAGAUUGGACAGACUCGGGCACACAUGCAGAAGUCAUUGCCGUUACAUUAUGGACCAGCCAGUCAAAGCGAGCACACCAGAGCCUCCUUUCUGCACAAUGUGAAGCAGGCUUAAUUGCUGACCUGACAGCCAGGUGGUCACGGUGCGUGAAAGCUAGACGGUGACACUUCCAACUCCGUGUACUCAGGCAGGUCGUCCUCAUUUUCUUUGCUUCAGUUUGUAAAUGCAGACAGAUUGCUUUGUUCUCAGCUGUUGCACAGACUUGUGAUUAUUGAUAUGGGAAAGUGGGGAUCUGGGGCCUGAAGAGAGGCCCCGGGCAUGGAAGUCACUGUACUCCAUGCCUCUCUGUGAAGCACAUAAUGUUCCCUGUUUUAUAAGCUUCGUUAUCACGGAGCACACAUUAUGUCAAAGACAACACAGUUCCCUAGUUUAUGAUAAGAAACAUUUUCUUAUUCAAUUUCUCAAAAUUGCCUCUAGAAUUUUCUUAAGUUUGAAUGUUUAAAUGCUUUUGAAACUUACUUUGCUGCCCUGCUCUAAAAAGUCACUGUAUCUUAUGCCUCCUGGAAGGGCACAAUGUGAGGUGGCAAACUGUGUUUUCCACCCGACGCCGCGGCAUACUCGUGCAGAAGGCAGCUGGCACCACCCCAGAGAAGGUGGGGCCCCUGCACCCAGCCCCUGGACACUCUCGCAACGGCUGCAGCUGCCCAUCACACACCUCUUAAACUAUGUCCCUGGUCAUGCUGGUGACAAAGGAUUCUGAAAGUCACCUUCCUGACUGCCUUCUCUCUCAUUCUCUGCUCAAACCAGGCAGUUUGGUCCCCAGAAGGGACCCACCAACGUGCCCGGAGGAGCUCCAGAAGCUACUUUGUAAGGACCUGGGUCCCACGCAUCCCAUCCUACCUGCCCCCCACCCCCCCGGUAUUGCACCUGUGUGGCUCACACAGAGAGGCCACUGCUUUUCCCAGGGGCCAGUCCUGAUCUCUGUAACAUUUAAGGUCAAAACAGAUAGCACUAGGUGACAGAAAAUGGCAAAGUGUCCCUGUAGUAUCUGCCUGCCUGGAAGGCUCCUUUCAGACCCAACCUGGAGGGUGUGUUGUUAUCCAGCACAGGAAAACCCGUCUAACAGGGGUGCUAAGGAGCCCUCUGUGGCUUCUGGGGGAAAGUGGAUCUUCAGCCACACUGCGCUGUCUUUCCAGGGUUUGUUUCCUCCCUUGUGACUAGAAUAUCAAAGGGACAAGGAGGGAAACAUGACCGGGUGAGAAUGUGGAGCACCUAAAUAAACUGUGCCGUGCACACUCUACACGGACCCCUUCUCUUCCCUUCCCACUGGAAGGGAGGCUGUCCCCCCCUCCCCCUUCUUGCUGCAUCUACCAUUUUACAUGCUGCUUUUAAAGCAUCUAACAUUUAAUAUACACAUUUUCCAUAUUAUGAUCAACUCCCCGCAGGCAUCCUUGACUUGAUUACCCAAUACAUCUGUCCAGGUGUUUCUUAACCAUUUUCCUGCUGCUGGGCCCUUGCAUGCCUGACUAUACACAGACAGAUCCAUGCUGAACUCACGGCCUCCCACAGACGUCUCUGUGGCAGAGCCCUCGGGUGGAGCCAAUCCCGCCCACACUGGUACCUGGAGAGGCUGGGGUAGCCCUGUGCCCCAGCUCCCACCCGGCCCUGCCCACAUUCUCAGCCUGAUUAA